UCUAGGAUACUAAUAAUGGGCUUUGUGAUUUUUAGAUCAGCUGAUGUUGGGGCCAGCCCGCUGACUAGACCUGGACAGCCCACCCUCACUCGUGUGCCCCCUCCAAUUGUGCCAAGGCCAUCCCAGCAGACGGGGAGCACCAGCCUGAGUACCUACCGACCUGCUUACGGCAGCUCUUUCUCUUCAGGCUAUGGGGCGUACGGGAGCAGCAUGUAUGGCAAUUCAUUUUAUGGAAGCUACAGCCCUUACAGUUACGGAUAUGGCGGCCUGGGCUACAACCGCUUUCGAAUGGACGAUAUUCCUCCCAGCCGGUUUGUUCAGCAGGCUGAAGAAAGCAGUCGGGGUGCCUUUCAGUCCAUUGAAAGCAUUGUGCAUGCCUUUGCCUCUGUCAGCAUGAUGAUGGAUGCUACCUUCUCGGCUGUGUACAACAGUUUCCGAGCUGUUCUGGAUGUGGCUAAUCACUUUUCCCGUCUCAAAAUACACUUCACUAAGGUGUUUUCAGCUUUUGCGUUAGUCAGAACUAUAAGGUACCUCUACAGGCGAUUACAGAGGUUGAUGGGUCUGAGAAAGAGCUCUGAAAAUGAUGAUUUAUGGGCAGAAAGUGAAGGAACUGUGGCCUGUGUUGGUUCUGAGGAAAGGGCAGCCAACUCUGCAAAAUCUUGGCCCAUUUUCCUGUUUUUUGCCGUUGUUCUUGGCGGGCCAUACCUCAUAUGGAAGCUGCUGUCCAGCUACAGUGAUGAUGAAACAGGUAAAGGAGGUUUCUGUGAUCACAGGAAUGGAGGCAGUCUGGCACACAGCUGUGUGAUAAAUGCCAAAAAGUGGUAACACAAAACCAGGCCUUUAUUGAAUAUGGUGUUUGGGCUAUGAAGUUAGCCAAGAGUGUUUUAUAGGCUCUUGGUAAGUUAAAUUUUCCAUUAACUCUUUAGCUGUCUGUUGUUACUGCUGCUCAGAAAUAACUAUUUCUAUCUUCCGAGGAAAAUGUAAGAAAAAUGACAAUAUGCCUUCUUGAAAAACCAGCAUUUUUACCUAAUGCCCUAUCUUGGAAAUCCAGGUUUCAGCAGUGGCCAGGAGUGCAUUUACACACCUAAAACUAGUGCACCAGCUGUGUCCAUUACUUAAAAUGUCAGAUCUGGCUAUAAAUCACUCUCUGUGGAGCUGCCUUGAAAAACUGUUCAGAAACUUUAAUGGGUUCAGAAUGCUGCAGCCAGAUUGCUGACCAGGGCCAGUUAUAGGUAGCAUAUAACUGCCUUGUUAAAACAGAUUUACUAGCUCCUGGUUCAUUUCCAGGCGCAGUUCAAAGUGCUGGUCGUGACCUAUAAAGCCCUGUACGGUUUGGGUCCAGACAAUCCGUAAGACCGUAUCUCUCCAUA